CUGAAUUAAGUUAGGAAUUGUAACAUUUUUUAUUAUUUCAAAUGUUGCAUUCCUCUCAUAAUUAACGUCUUGACAAUAAUUGGUCGGGACACACAAAGGACCGGUCUCCAUUAUUCCAACAAGCAGGAGUCGUGGAUUUGGCAGGGUUGUAGUGGAACAGAAAAGGGUCUGUGGUUUUGUUGUGUUGUGCUGUUCGAAUCUCCAUCUCAUCUUUUCCAACUUGGACCAGAUGAGCAGUUUCAGACACGAACUUACGCGUUUCUCCCAAAGCAAGAGAGAUUGCAAGAGACGCGUCUUAUCGCAUGAGAAGGGGACUCCGGAGUUAAAGAGGCAGCGAUAUUGGGGAGCAGGAUCGCGGCACAUUUCAAAGCGUUUUCUCUGCGAUAUUUGAAAACGGAGUCGUGCGGCGAACGCCUGCGUGUCCCUUUUAAAACAAACCCUGCGCCUGUCAAUCACGGCGCAUUCCAACCAAUCCCAAAGCUCCCUUUUUAAAAGCAGGUUGGCCUGCUGUGCUUUUAUAUUGCACCAUGGCCUGUUUCGAAGCAUUUUUACUACCACGGUUAUUGCCACAAAUCAAGAGGGCAAAGUGAACCGGCAUGGGACUCACAGCAACUUUAAGGCAACUGAGUCUGCUUCCUACUUCUGCGAAGUUCACGGCCAAGAAUUUCACGUGCAGAUGAUAAACACCACGGAACAUGGGGGAACUGAAUUCGGAGGUGUAGCCCGAGUGCUGAGCCGGUUGAUUUUGCACACUCACAGCCAAACUCCCAACAAAAAAAAAACAUGACAAGCCUUUCCAGGUUUAGUGGCUGCCCUCUCUCUUGCGUCAACCCCGGGGAGAGCAAUACUGAACCCAGCGUGGUGCUGCCACCUUUGGCAGGAGAGCACAUGGGACACCCCACUGGCAGUUCCUUAAAACUCUGCCCCUCGCACAAUUUGCGAGACUACCCCGAGACGAGGUCCAGUGCAUAUGUUGACCACUCGAUUCCCAGUUUUUCAGACUCUGGAUACCCCGGCCACCGGCUCGAGCACAGCCCUAGGGGCAUUAUCAUUGGAGCCAAUCUCUCUGGAGCCGGCAUGCCACCCGUCACUGAUCAACUGGCAUCCAGGGCUAACCAACAUGGCGGGAUUGGAAGAUAUCGUGACUUCACUGCAGGCUGCAGGGACAACAGGAGUCAUGCUUUCUUCACCAGCUACCAGGAGCAGGCCCACGCCUCCGCCGACGCUUCCCGGGACCUCAGCGGCCAGAUGAUGCUGGGGCUACCUGGAGACCUCCUCACCCGGACUCACCCUUACGGCCAGGGCAUCAGCCCCAAGGGGAACGGCCAGCAGAUCGUCACGCAGUUCCUGGGUCUCUACAAACCCCUGAACAUGGCCAUCCAGCGGGGAGGGGGCGACGCUUUCCUCAGGUGCUCCAAGCAGACUGUGAAGCAGGAGCUGGUCUGCAAGUGGACAGACGGCCAAGAGGGGGCCGGGAAGGUGGCGUGCUCCAGAGCGUUCGGGACCAUGUAUGAACUUGUCACCCAUGUGACGGUGGAGCACGUCGGAGGACCCGAGCACUCCGAGUACGUGUGUCACUGGGAGAAGUGCGCGAGGGAGAAAAAGCCUUUCAAAGCGAAAUACAAGCUGGUGAACCAUGUCAGAGUCCACACAGGGGAAAAGCCCUUCCCCUGCCCAUUUCACGGCUGCGAGAAAGUUUUUGCGAGAUCAGAGAAUCUGAAGAUCCACAAGAGGACUCACACAGGUGAAAAGCCUUUUAAAUGUGAGUUCGAGGGCUGCAACCGGAGGUUCGCGAACAGCAGCGACAGGAAGAAGCACUCUCACGUGCACUCCAGCGACAAACCCUACAUGUGCAAGGUCAGGGGCUGCGACAAGUGCUACACGCACCCGAGCUCCCUGCGCAAGCACAUGAAGCUGCACUGCAACAAGGCCCACGCCUCCGCCAAGGACUGCGACGCGCGCCCGGGCGACGAGGACCAGGCCGGGGAGGGCCGGCCCGGGGCCCGGGUCAGCCCCCCCCACGCGCCCGGCGCCACGCAGGAUGUGCCACCGUCCCCCGAGAGCCGGGACGAGUCCACCCCGAGGUCGCGCUUCCACCACGCGUUCGACGGCGGCCCGGACUACGCGGCGCACCGGCCGCAGCCCCUCCUGGAGCCCCAGCUGCUGCUGCAGAGGGGGGGCGCCUACAGGCCCCAGUCCGCCCAGUACCCCUGCGCCCAGACCGGCCACGCGUUCGCCCAGAGCCCACGGACCUUCUCCCCCGCCUCCCCCUUCCAGAAGAGCAUCGUGAACGGGUGGUACACAUGCCACAGCGGCGUGGACUCCUUCCCACCAAAGCAGUGUAACAACAUCCCCUCCCUCUGA